UGUUUUAUUUCUGUGUGGGCAGACGCAAGCGCUGGAUCAUCUCUGAACUUCAGAGAACAUUUAUGGCAAUCUCCAAUGGUGAUACAGAACUCCUGCUGGUUGGACAGAAGGCAACCAUUCUUCCAUCCCUGAAAUAUGUGAAAUCCCUCAACCAAGACACAAGCAAAUAAAACCUCAAUAUAUUUUGACUAUCUUUUCCUAUGGAUCAAAUCAUCUGAUACAGAACCAAGAGUAAUUAUGAAAAAUGGACAUCAGUGAAGGGAAAAGCUGAAACACAUCUUAAGUGGCCUUUCUCUGAAAGAAAUAUUGCCAAUGUGCUAGCUGAGAGAAGAUAUCAGGAGCCUUGCAGGAAGAGCUUCUCAAGAGAAGUGGAUCCAAUGAAGCAAAGCACUGUUGACUGUACCUUCUGUAAAGCCCUGUGGAAGAUAGAUGUGUGUGCUGCAAUGGUGACAUAAAUAUUUCAGAGGACUGGAACAAAUUGUUGAGAAUCUGUGUUGGUUUUUAAUGCUGCUGUUGAGAACAAUCUAAGGCAAGUAAACAACAUGAGUUUUAUCAUGAAACUUCACAGACAUUUUCAAAGAACAGUUAUUUUGCUGGCCACUUUUUGUAUGGUGAGCAUAGUUAUUUCUGCAUACUACUUGUAUAAUGGCUACAAACAGGAAAAUGAACUUCCUGAAAUCUCUUCAGAAGCAGAAUGUGGUGAUCCUCAACUGUUGCCAUACAAGCUGAUGGAGAUGAAGACCAUGAAGCCUAUUGAUCCCCUGAGGACUGAUCUCGUAGUGCUGGUGUUUGUGGAAAGUCAGUACUCAACAUUAGGUCAAGAUAUAAUAACCAUUUUAGAGUCUAGCAGAUUUCAGUUUCACAUUGAGAUUGCACCUGGAAAAGGUGACCUCCCGGUGCUUACAGAGAAGAAUAAAGGCAAAUAUGCUCUCAUAGUAUAUGAAAAUAUUCUAAAGUAUGUGAAUAUGGACUCCUGGAACAGAGGCCUUCUAGAUAAGUACUGUAUAGAAUAUGGUGUAGGUGUUAUUGGAUUUCACAAAGGCACUGAGAACAGCUUGCAGAGCUUUCAGUUGAAGGGCUUUCCUUUCCAUGUCCACAGCAAUCUGGGUAUUAAGGACUGUUGCAUUAAUCCUCAUUCCCCACUGCUUCAUGUGACUAAAUCUUCUAAGCUUGAGAAAGGUCCCUUGCUUGGAAAUGACUGGGCAGUUUUCCAGAUUAAUCAUACAGCUUAUCAACCAGUGAUAUUUGCAAAAGUAAAGGCACCAGAAAACAUUUCACCACCUGCUGCUCUAAGUGCUCUCUAUGCCACGGUAAUUCAUGACCUGGGGCUCCACGAUGGGAUUCAACGAGUUCUUUUUGGCAAUAACUUGAAUUUUUGGCUACACAAGCUGAUUUUCAUAGAUGCCAUCUCUUUCCUGUCUGGCAAGAAGCUCAGGCUCUCCUUGGAUAGGUACAUUCUGGUUGACAUAGAUGACAUCUUCGUCGGGAAGGAGGGAACAAGAAUGAACACCAACGACGUGCAGGCCCUGCUUGAUACUCAGAAUCUUUUGAGAGCUCAGAUUACAAAUUUUACUUUCAACCUGGGAUUUUCAGGGAAAUUUUACCAUACAGGUACUGAGGAGGAAGAUGAAGGUGAUGACCUACUGUUGAGGUCUGUAGAUGAGUUUUGGUGGUUUCCCCACAUGUGGAGCCACAUGCAGCCUCACCUCUUCCACAACGAGUCAUCACUGGCGGAGCAGAUGAUCCUCAACAAAAAAUUUGCCUUAGAACAUGGUAUUCCAACAGAUUUGGGCUAUGCAGUGGCUCCACACCAUUCUGGAGUCUAUCCAGUACAUGUUCAACUUUAUGAUGCCUGGAAAAAAGUCUGGAAUAUCAGAGUUACCAGCACAGAAGAAUACCCACACCUGAAGCCUGCAAGGUACAGACGAGGCUUCAUCCACAAAAAUAUCAUGGUGCUUCCUAGGCAAACUUGUGGCUUAUUCACCCACACAAUUUUCUAUAAAGAAUAUCCUGGAGGCCCAAAGGAACUAGACAAAAGUAUUCAAGGAGGAGAGUUGUUCUUCACAGUGGUUCUCAAUCCAAUCAGCAUCUUCAUGACGCAUUUGUCUAACUACGGGAACGACCGCCUGGGGUUAUACACCUUUGUGAACCUCGCCAACUUCGUUCAUACCUGGACAAACCUGAAACUGCAAACUCUGCCUCCGGUUCAACUGGCUCACAAGUAUUUUGAACUAUUCCCUGAGCAGAAGGACCCUCUCUGGCAGAAUCCCUGUGAUGACAAACGGCACAGAGAUAUCUGGUCUAAAGAAAAAACCUGUGAUCGAUUGCCCAAAUUCUUGGUUGUAGGACCCCAGAAAACUGGUACCACAGCCUUGUAUUUGUUCCUGAUCAUGCAUCCUUCCAUCAUUAGUAACUCCCCCAGCCCAAAAACCUUUGAGGAGGUACAGUUCUUUAAUAGAAAUAACUACCACAGGGGGAUUGAUUGGUACAUGGAUUUCUUCCCCACUCCUUCUAACGUCACCACUGACUUCCUCUUUGAGAAAAGUGCCAACUAUUUCCAUUCUGAGGAAGCUCCUAAGAGAGCAGCUUCUCUCAUACCCAAAGCCAAGAUCAUCACCAUCCUUAUUGACCCAUCUGAUCGGGCAUAUUCUUGGUAUCAGCAUCAGCGAUCGCAUGAAGAUCCUGCAGCUCUUAAGUUCAGCUUCUAUCAGGUGAUCACAGCUGGACCUCGAGCCCCAUCUGAGCUUAGAGCUCUCCAAAAGAGAUGCCUAGCACCUGGAUGGUAUGCAACCCAUAUUGAAAGAUGGCUAACUUACUUCCCACCUUAUCAGUUGCUAAUUAUUGAUGGACAGCAGCUGAGAACUGACCCAUCUACUGUAAUGGAUGAAGUACAGAAAUUUCUGGGUGUCUCUCCUCAUUAUAAUUACUCUGAAGCCCUAACGUUCGAUUCACAUAAAGGUUUCUGGUGUCAGCUUCUGGAAGAAGGAAAAACAAAGUGUCUUGGAAAGAGCAAAGGCAGAAAAUACCCUCCUAUGGAUUCUGAGUGCAGAGCUUUUCUGUCAAGCUACUACAGAGAUCACAACGUGGAACUGUCAAAACUCCUACACAAGUUGGGGCAACCUCUGCCAUCAUGGCUGAGACAGGAGCUACAGAAAGAGGCUGUAAAAAACAGAAUUACUUUUAAUGUGCAGUCAGCUUGGUGAAGAAAGAAGAGCCUGAGCAAAGUAUGCAGACAACAGGUAGAUGUGACGUUAUUCUUCAGAUGGUAGGAUGCCCAUAAGUGCAGCUGAGUAAGCAAGUCAUACCACACGAAUCACCUGCCUGACAGAGUUUAACCUCUUCUGUUCACAGCUUACCUACAAUCAGGUUUUGACUUCCAGACACAGGCUGUCAGUGUUAACACCCUUUAAAAAUACUGAUUCAUUAUAACAAAUCUGUAUUUGUGAGUCAAAGUUUUGUUGAGGCUGGUAACACAGCCGUGGUUUCUCUUUUCCUUGGUAGAUAACUGCACAAGCAAUUUCUCUCAAACAGUGCUUGAUGGUGUGAGCUCCACAUUUGUUUUCACAAAUCAGAUUCUGAAUUUUGCUUUCUGCAGACAUCUGUGGCAUUAAAAAUCAGGGUGUGAUGGUGAGCAAGAAAGCUGCCUUUAGGGGGGGGUGUAGGCACAGAGCCCGAUAUGAAAUCACUUAAUUAUUUGAGCAAACAUUCCUGAAAAUACUGUGACAUUGUCCCAGUUCUACUUGUGCAGAAAGAAUUCGUUUCAACGACUUGCAGACUAUCUUGUACAGAAUAUCCUUUUUUUCAUUGCUUAAAAAUGUGAAACUUCCUCAGGAAGAAAUUAAAUAGAUAUUUCAAUGUUUAUAUAGAUGUAAUAAUACUCUUGUCAUUCACAUUGAAUGAAGAUUGCUGGAAACAUUUUUCUCAAAGUUUUUUAAAAUAUAAAAAACAAAAAAUAGAUAUUAUUCUGAUAGUGGCAUGGUAUCUGAAGUGCAACAAUAAACUCUGAUAAGAAAAUGUA